GAAAAUGGAAAUUGGAAACACAAACGUCAAAUUGGAAAUAGUACUUGACAUUUGACAAAUCUGCGAUGAUUUCGUGGCUAUUGGAAACAAGUCAAUAAUUUUUUUAAUGAACCUUGCAAUAUAUGAAAUAAUUAUAAAACUUUGCGUGGUCUGGAGUAAGAAUGGGUAUAGCAGUGACCAAAUACUCGGACAUAUCAAACAAUGAGCUGCUGGCAAAAUUCUGUUCCAAUGACGUCAUUUGCCCCAAUGAUCCCUUCUGGAAUCAACUGCUGGCAUUCAAUAUACAAAUUCCCAAUGAUGCUGAUGAACAGCUGAUAUUCGACACAUGUUCGGAUGCGUUACUACAGAAGUUUCUGCAGAACAACCAGCAGACAGGGAACCUGGGCUCCCUUGUCCAAGUGUUCAUCACACGAGCCACAGAGUUGCUUGCUGCGCCUAACUCUGACAACGUUAUGCUAGCAUGGCAGUGCUACAAUGCCUUGUAUGUCAUUCGAGCUGUCACCAAGUAUUUAGUGGAAAUGGUCCCUGAAUAUGAGCUCUGCAUACAUUUAGAUGUCCAAGCCAGGACCAUGAACUCCCCCGCCCCUCAAGAUGUGUCUCCGCCGUCUUCGCCGAUCCAAGAAGUCAGUGUGACGGACAACCAAGUGUCUUCCAAGCCGAUGUCAGGGGAGAGUCGCGUGGAGAUGCUAGUGGAUGCUCUUAUCGGGCUCAUCAUUGAUGUACCCAUCACAGACAACACAUACUAUUUACACUUGGAGUGUAUAAACACGCUGCUCGUGCUAAUGUCUGUGUACAUGUUUGCCGGUGUGCAUGGACAGACAAGACUUGUGGAGACUUCGUUAAUAUUCAGAACACUAUUCCAAGGCAGGUACGGAAUGCACGCGCCUCUGUUAGUGAAGACGUUGCUGUCCAAUCUGUCGAGCAUGAUGCCGGCGCCGCCACAGUUCGGGGCCCAAGGACCUGGCAGUAUGCUGAUCAAUAUUGCAUCCAGCCUCUGGAGCAUGCUAACAUUCAACGCGACCACUCGACAGACUAUAUACACCAACCCGCCCCUACACCGACACGAGUUACUCGAGAGACUAAAAAAGGAGCACCCUGUAGCCAACCAGUCGUGCUUACUGCUGCUCGCGCUGGCGAACCAUUGCAUCAGUGAGGACAACUUGUAUAGGACGGCGCUACUGCACUGUGAUGACACCUCUGAAAAUUCAUCCACAACUCCCCACAGAGACACAAAUGGCAGCGUCACACAAGUCACACCACCUCGAAUAGACUUGGCAGCAUUACACAAAGCGUUGUGCGCCACAGCGGGCUGCGAGCACUCGACUCUCCUGUUGUACCUCAUGCUGCACUCCUGCAAAGCGUACAAGAGCCACGUCAGCAACGUCGCCAACGUAGAACAUUUGAUAGUGCCGAUCCUGCAAGUGCUGUACAACGCUCCGGACAGCAACUCGCACCACAUCUACAUGUCGCUCAUUGUUCUGUUGAUACUCACCGAGGACGAUGUGCUUAUCAAGAAUGUGCAUUUAAUUAUGUUAAAAAACAUCCCAUGGUACACAGAGAGGUCGAUAUCAGAGAUAUCACUGGGCGGACUCAUGGUGUUGGUGGUGGUGCGCGCGCUGCAAUACAACAUGGCGCGCGUUAGAGACAAAUAUCUCCAUACUAAUUGUUUGGCCGCCAUUGCUAACAUGAGUUGUGAAUUUAGAAAUCUCCACCCUUACGUGGCGCAAAGGUUGAUAUCGUUGUUUGAGACGUUGACGAAAAGAAGAUCCAGGCUCUUUAUUGAAAUUGAAGGUACCGAUGAUUUGAAUGGUAUACAAUUACCGCAUCAAGCUGAGGAAAAGGCAGAAGAAAUUAUGGAACACAUAGAAGUGCUGGACGAAGUGCUACGGAUGCUGCUGGAGAUCAUCAACUCGUGCCUCACUCACCAGCUGGUGAACAACCUGAACCUGGUGUACGCACUGCUGCACAAGCGGCAGCUGUUCCAGCAGCACGCGCACCACCACAUCGCGCAAAACAUCGAAAUGGUCAUAGGGUACUUCUCGACGCGGCUGCAGAGGGUGCAGGAGGGUGCGGGGGGAGACCUCGGCGUCACAGAAGUACUGCAGUGUAUAAAGAAAGGCGCCGAGCAGUGGUCCAGCGAUAGACUUAAGAAAUUCCCCGAUCUCAAGUUCCGCUACGUGGAAGAGGAGAGACCAGAGGAGUUCUUCACUCCCUACGUGUGGGCACUGAUCAGUGCGUGCGGCAACAUCUACUGGGCGAGCGAGUGCGGCGCGCGGGCCGCUGGCGACCUGCUGGCGUGAUCGCGGCAACAUCUACUGGGCGAGCGAGUGCGGCGCGCGGGCCGCUGGCGACCUGCUGGCGUGAUCGCGGCAACAUCUACUGGGCGAGCGAGUGCGGCGCGCGGGCCGCUGGCGACCUGCUGGCGUGAUCGCGGCAACAUCUACUGGGCGAGCGAGUGCGGCGCGCGGGCCGCUGGCGACCUGCUGGCGUGAUCGCGGCAACAUCUACUGGGCGAGCGAGUGCGGCGCGCGGGCCGCUGGCGACCUGCUGGCGUGAUCGCGGCAACAUCUACUGGGCGAGCGAGUGCGGCGCGCGGGCCGCUGGCGAUCUGCUGGCGUGAUCGCGGCAACAUCUACUGGGCGAGCGAGUGCGGCGCGCGGGCCGCUGGCGACUUGCUGGCGUGAUCGCGGCAACAUCUACUGGGCGAGCGAGUGCGGCGCGCGGGCCGCUGGCGACCUGCUGGCGUGAUCGCGGCAACAUCUACUGGGCGAGCGAGUGCGGCGCGCGGGCCGCUGGCGACCUGCUGGCGUGAUCGCGGCAACAUCUACUGGGCGAGCGAGUGCGGCGCGCGGGCCGCUGGCGACCUGCUGGCGUGAUCGCGGCAACAUCUACUGGGCGAGCGAGUGCGGCGCGCGGGUCGCUGGCGACCUGCUGGCGUGAUCGCGGCAACAUCUACUGGGCGAGCGAGUGCGGCGCGCGGGCCGCUGGCGACCUGCUGGCGUGAUCGCGGCAACAUCUACUGGGCGAGCGAGUGCGGCGCGCGGGCCGCUGGCGACCUGCUGGCGUGAUCGCGACAACAUCUACUGGGCGAGCGACAGAAUACACAAUAUAUACAAUGAGUCGCCUCGUUCCUUACCAAAAUUGGCUAUUUGACAGUAAUUGUCAUCAUCAUCAGUAGUAUUUUUGACUAUCUGACGUUCAGGAUCUCGUUAUUAGAGGCGGGAUUUAUUGGACUUUAUACUCGAAAUGGCUGGAACCCAGGGCCGUGAAGUCGUAUAACGCCUAAAGAAUCAUGACAUACAUUACGGCUAAUGAAAAUGUUAACAAUCAGUUCUAUUUUCUCUCUUUGCUAUUUUCUAUAUUAUUCUAAUCUUACGACCAAAUUAAAAUACAUCAUAUUAUAAUAUAUUAUAUUAUUUAAUUGAUAUUAUAUUUCUUUGGUAGAGGGGGCUUAAAUGAAGUAUCAGGUAGGGUUUAUUUAUGUCACCGUGACACUAAACACAAUAAAUCCGGAUACAUUAAUGUAACAUGUACAAUUCUGUAACACCGAUUUAUAACUUGAUUAUCGCUCUCUAUCUAACACAAUACUAUAAAUAGAGAGGGACAGAAUCGAAUUUGAUACUCACACUGUGGAUUUAUAAAAAUAUUGUUAUAGAAUCUUACAUGAAUGGUGAUAUAAAUAUAUGACUUGAUGACUUAAUAUUUCAAAUUGUUAUUAUUUUUCUGUCACUUGACAUGCAGAUUCACAAAAAAAAAUAACGGGGUAUUUAAUGUUUAUCACAAUGUCACAUUGUCAAUUUAAGCUAAGUGUUUAGAUUUAUUGUGAAAUAUGUAUGGUAACUUGAAAAAAAUAUAGUUUUAUACCUUGACUUCUUUUAAUUACGAAUUUAAAAUACUGUUUAUCUAAUUAACAAUCGUUUUCAAUACAUCUGUGGGAUACUUGCUAAGCAACGUUAUUAUUAAUUUGAGUGUCUGGCCGAGUGGCGCAUUGGUUAGUGCCUCUGCAAUGCUGUAGGUUCGAUUUCCAUAACUGGAAACUGUGUGAUGAGCGUGAAUGUUUUCCAAUGUUAGAACCCUUAACGUAUAAUAUGACGUAUUUUUCAAAAGGAAAAAAAUAUCCUAUUCAAUAUUUUCGUGUUCUGUAAAUUUCAAAGUUAAUAAAAACGUUGCUAAGAAACUUACCAAUAGAUCACAUCUAUAAUGAAAACAUCACUUAGAUUAUUUAUAAAUUUAUUUCAUUGUAAUAAUUAUCAUACAAAUUCCAUUGUAUUAAGCUGAUCGUCCAAUAGUCGUGUGACACAAAUACAUUUGCGUUAAAAUGCCGACAAAUAGACAUGUAUCGAAAAUGUAUGAUGUUACAUCUUUGGGUUCAAUAGAGUUUUAUUUGUUUCUACUUUAAUCUAUGUUUAAAAAGUUGCACUUUAAAAGUACAUAAAUCUGUUUCGUGUACGAUUAUGUAUUUAAACAAAAUCUGCAACACAAAAUCGCUAUACGCUUAUUACGCUAAUAUAUUUGAUAACAAUAAUGUUGUCCUUUCCUUUCGUUCCUAACUUAGCCAUAAUCCUAUGCUUUAAUUAUAAAACUUGAUACAAUACCGCGGGAUUCAACCUAGUCUCUCGUGUGUCAGUUUACUUGAAACUUAAAAUAAGUGUGUCAGUUACACAGUGCAUACCAAAUGAAAAAAUGAAAUUUCAUUAUUUGUAGAUAUAUUUCGAUACAUGGGUUAUAGAUUUUUGUACAGUCGAACAGUCAUACAGUAGUAGUAGUUGACAGCAAAUACAUUUGUGUCACACGGCUAGUGGAUGACUACCCUUAGGUAAGUAGUAUACAAAUUGCAAUAUAGGAAAUAAAAAAUAAUAUUAUUUAAAUAUAA